ACUACCACCACACAUCACUGUAAUCGCGCACUGCCACGCGCUUCGGCUCGGAAAAACCGACGUCGUCGUCGUCGUCGCCAUCGCGUCGCGAUGCCCCAUUGCUUGGGUGAGGAAAAUUCGUUCGUCUUCAGUUGCGAGUUUUCACUGGGAUCGGUCGCGUCGACGUUCCGGACUUUCCUGGGGUCCCCCUUUACGACGGUCUUUGAUAGUGAGUGGGUUUGUGUGUGUGUGUGUCGGUUUUGAAAGAAAAAAUGAAUUGUUUGUACGUUUGGUGUGGUGGAUAUGUCAAAAGUUAAUACUUUUUUCGGGUAGCUUUCCCUUGCUGACGUGCGGUGUCAGUUUACCACCAAAACUACAUGGCAUUGUGCCGGCAAAUUCCGGUGGAAAUGUUGCAGAUUUUUCCGUGAAAUUUGAUCCCACCACUAAACGCCGUAAAGUAGGCCACCUGCAGUGCACGAAGAACGCGCCGCCCGUAAUCCUUCGCCUGCAGGUAGGCAACAUCAGCAGUAAGGGAGGAAAUUCACGUGAAUCGCCAACGCCGCAUCGCGUCAAGCCUAACUGCAGGCGUUUCGCCACCAGUCAGCGGCCUCUGUUGGCGAACGAAGGGGUAUGCAGAAACGGGGCCGGACUUUUCUUCGUCCUUCUCUCCUAUCUCCGGCGGUGGUGGCCACUUCCGGUCGGUCGACGGCGUUGUGUGUUUUGCUUUCCGCUCGGUGACCCAAUUUCAGCGCUAGGGAGUUGAUUUAAAUGCUAUACGGAAGGAUAUUCCGGAAGAAAAAGAAGAAUAAGAGAAAGUUUUUCUUUUUCAAAGGAAAAUUCAGGUGUGAUUUAUCUGCAGUGCGUGAUUCUGCCCAAUAUGAAAAUAUUUUUUUUUUUUCUAUGGAAAAUGUUGUUUUCCCUUAACGAAGCAAAGUGAAACAGGAAAACCCUGAUUUUAUCUUGAAUAAUUCCAUACCCAAAAAGGAACACGAAAAAAAGCGAAUCAGUGAAGCAGUUCCUCUUCCCAAAAAAUAAAAUCAAAAAAAAGGGAAAAUUCAGUGUAGUCGACAACUCCUGAUGGCCUAUUUGUCGGCAGGAUGUGCGCUGGAGCUUGCCGCGAAAGAAGCAGAACCGGAAGGAGGUCGCUGCUAGGAACGCAGCAGCCAAAAUAAGCCACCGCCAGGCGUCUCCACCGGAGCGUGCCACGUCGUGUUGCCUGAGUUCUGGCGAAGCAAACCAGAGGCAAAUGUGUUGUUGCUGCUAAGGGCAGGUGUGUGGAGUGUGGGGUUUCUGUGGGCGUGUGUGCUGUGUGGGGUUUUGUGUUUGUUUUCGUGAUAAGUGGAACGAAGUAAGUUUCGGGUUCUGAUUUGAUAACGACAAGCAGUGAAAAUUUUGGUGACGAAAAAUAACGUGAAGAAAAAUAAUACAAGCAGGACGACCAGGAUAACCAGAAGGAGCAUCGGUUUGGGUGAAAAAUAAAGAUGCCCGGCAUUGUGGUUUUCCGUCGGCGGUGGUCCGUCGGUUCCGACGACCUGGUCGUCCCCGGACUGUUCCUGUUCAUCAUCCACUUGAUAUGGCUCACAGUGCUCGGAGUGGUCACCGGAGUGUUCCAGUACGAUCGGACGGUGCGCUGCAUAGAACUGCUGUGGUACUUCCAGCUGGGCUACCUCGGGAUCCUGGGAUUAAGCAUCCUGCUCGAGGUGGCCAUCUGCAUCGUGUCGAUGCGGGGCAGCAUCCUGGACACGGGUCCACGGGUGGCCAUGCCCUACCUCCUGUACACCCGCAUCCUGGUCAUGCUGGUGGACCUCACCUGGCUGUGUCUGGGCAUCGUGUGGCUCAAGGACCACUACUUCGAGUGUCCCAUCCAGGAGCCCAAAGAGACCAUCGUGGCGGUCAUCAUCUGUAAUCUGUUGGUGAUAUUCAGCAUGGUCACCACGAUCUGGUGCACAUUUGACCCGGCCGGCCGAUCCUGGGUCAAAAUGAAGAAGUACCAACGGUCGAUGCGGGAAUCGGAGUCCCGCUUCAACUACAAACGAAGCGGCAGCCGGAGUCGGAAUUGGCGCCAACGGAAGGUGAUCCGAGCGUACCAGGACAGCUGGGAUCAUCGGUGCAGGUUGCUGUUUUGCUGCAUGGGCAACAGUGACCGCAGCCGGAACUCGUUCACCGAUAUUGCCCGCCUGUUGAGCGACUUCUUCCGCGACCUGGACGUCGUUCCGUCGGACGUGGUGGCGGGGCUGGUGCUGCUCCGGAAGUUCCAGAAGCUGGAACGGGACGCGGUCGUGAGACAGCGCAAAAACGGCACCUACGAGUUCCUUUCCGGGGUUCCGGUUACCGCCAAUACUCAGUUCCUAGCUCUAAACGAUUCCAAGGAUUACGACCACUUCCAGACCGUAAUCCGGUACAUGUACUUUGCCCAGGGUGCCUACGGGUGGCCCAUGUUCCUGAUGACGCACUCGCAGACCGGAGUCUGCCAGCUCGGCUCGGAACUGACCUGCUGUUUGUCGUGCUGCCGCCGCAAGUCCGGAACCGACGUGGUCGAGGACAACUGCUGCCUGUGCAACUACGCCGCCCUCAAGAAGAUGCUGUCGGUUGGGGAGGUCGAAGUGAUCUACGCCACCUAUCACGUAGACAUUGGCGAGACUCCGUUCUUCGUCGCUGUAGACUACAACUAUAGCAAGAUCGUGGUCAGCAUCCGGGGGACGCUCAGCAUGAAGGACGUGCUGACCGAUCUGAACGCCGAGGGUGACUGUCUGCCGUUGAAUCCCCCGCGGGAGGACUGGCUCGGCCACAAGGGCAUGGUCCAGGCGGCGAUCUACAUCAAAAAUAAACUCGAAGAGGAGAAUCUCAUCCAGCGGGCCAUGAACCACAAUCCAGCCCGGGGGACGCAAAACUUUGGCCUCGUGCUUGUUGGGCACUCGCUCGGCGCCGGAACCGCCGCCAUCUUGGCGAUUCUGAUGAAGCAAGAGUACGACGAUCUGCACUGUUACAGCUACUCGCCACCAGGGGGUCUGCUGAGCAUGCCCGCGGUAGAGUACAGCAAAUCCUUCAUCACCUCCGUCGUGGUUGGCAAAGACGUCGUCCCCCGGAUCGGCCUCCAUCAGAUGGAGGCCCUCCGGGCGGACCUCAUCAACGCCAUCCAGCGCAGCAUAGAUCCGAAGUGGAAAACGAUCGCUUGCUCCGUAAUCUGCUGCUGCUGCGGUCCGGAGCCCACCUCCGUGACGGAAAUGUCCACCAAGGACGAGAACGUCCAGCGGUACGAGCAGGACCGGAACAGUGCCCGCCAGAGCACGGUCCAUCCGAACGACAACUCAAUCGCCCUAACGCUCCACCAUCCGCUGUACCCGCCUGGCCGGAUCAUUCACAUCGUGCGGCACCACCCUAGCCAGGAAGAACACAGAUUCGACAGAGGUUGGAGACAAAUCCUGAAAAAGCACGAACCCGUCUACCAGGCCAUCUGGGCCAACAACACGGACUUUGACGAGGUGCUCAUCUCGCCGGUGAUGCUGCAGGACCACAUGCCGGACAAGGUGCUGGCCGCGCUCAACAAGGUUAUAACCACGGUCGGCCCCCGUAAACCCCAACGUCAGUCAUCCAACGCCAACUCGUCGAUCGCUUCGGACGCCAUCGAGGCGUUCUUUCCGGACGGUCAGCACCAGCACCUGCUCGCCAUCGCUGCCCAGUCGGACGGCCAUCAUCCUGCUGCUACACCAAACUCUCACCCGGUCCACAGUCCGGCCUCACCUACGGUACCACACAAAAUCUGUCUGGAAACGUCCUUUACAAGUUUGCAAUCACCACAGGAUCCCAACGGCGGCCUCCCAACACCCAGCAAAGCGUCCUCCAUAGCCGGUAGCAUCCUCGGGGUUCGCAGUCAGAUGUCGAGCCUCGUCGAUGACAGCGGCAUCCCGAACUUGUCCGGACCAAGCGAAGCGACGACGGUGAUUCUGAACGGACCGCAGCAGCAACCGCGAGCAUCCAGUUCGGCCAGUAACGCUACUACGGCCAAGAUGGUCAACUUCAACCCUUCACCGAGCGUAAUACGAGGAGGGUCUCAACAACAGCAACCGGUCGCAAGCGGCAGUUCUAAACCGAUGAGCUUGUCGUGGAAUGGAACACGAACAAACUCGGGUGAAAUCAAGAAGAUCGACCUCAUUCACGACGACUGGUUCGGGCUGGCACCGCUCGCCAGUCCGGAAAGUCUGUCGGAACUAUCCAGCAUAAGCUCGCGGGCGAGUUUUGGCGUCAAUCUGGCGUCCAGCAUCGAUCGGUACCUGGAGAAGAUCAGCGAAAGCAAGGAAGGUGGACAGAAGGGUGACGGAACGGAUCCACUGCUGGAGAGUCAACUGCAUACGCCGAAGAUCAUGCGGAGGACUCCCAAGGUCAGCGGAAAUCUGGCGUUGUGCGCCGAAGACAUGCGAACGAUCAACAGCUACAAGCGGAUGGGCAAGAUCUUCGUGCUGAACCGAGUGCCUUCGGAUAGCGACUCGACCCUGGACAGCUACGAGUCGGCACACAAUGUGAUCGUGCUGGAUGGAAACGGGAUCACGGAUACCGACGGGACUUCACCGAUCAAGGAAAACUCAAAAUCUGCAGAUAACCUUGAUGAGCUCCAAGUUCGGCAAGCGACAACCGGCGGAAGUACCGGAACGAAUGGCGCUGGAACCAAAAAGACUUCGUUCACCGUUAGUGAUAGUGCGAUACCGCAGGAGUGCAUCUCCAACUGCCCGUCGUGUCCUUGUCGGAGAUCACCUGGAGGACCGUGCUGCCAAAAGUUCAACCACCGCGAGUGCUACAACUACAAGUACACUUCGUUCAACAUCUUCAAGUUCAACAAUAGUCGUGAAGGCAGCGGAAACAGUAGUACGCGAGGAGGCAGCAAGACUGCCAGUUCCAGCGAUACCUACCACAGUGCCAUGUCCUCUCUUACCGGAGACCUGGACCACAGCGGUGCAUCCAGUACAAACAACUUCACCUCUAGCAGUAGUAGUAGCAGUAAAACGCUACAGAACUCCUGUCUCAAGCCCGGAGUUCUGGAGUCCCACUUCCCCGUGUAUCCCGAGGUCACCUCCGACGAGCGACUAUCUCUGUUGGCGCACUCCGGUGAAAGCCCCGUUCGGUUGACAAUAAACAACCAGCGACUCAAAGGUCACACUCACUCUACCUCUACGGCAAACAAACGUCACAAUCCGGAAGACGAUCCGUCAUCGUCCUCCUUCGCCCGGAACGAGUCACUUCCACUGCUGGCCGGCCUGGCGGAGAAGUCUUCGUCCUCUCCGACCAAAUGGGACGUCCGCAAGAAGCAUUCCGUCUACCCGGCCGACCCAGGCCACCCGGUCGCGACCGCAGGUUUCAGCUCGAACGGUUCCACCCGGAUCGGCAGCAUCGCCACCAUCCAUUCCUCGUCCUCGUACUCAUCGUCCGUCACGUCCUCGCCCAGCCACCGGCCGCCGAAGAACGAAAGCAGCGUAUGAUGAGACCGGUCCAGUUCGGAAACGCUAGUCUAGCCGAAUACUCCUAAGUCAAUACUCAUCGUUAUACCAAAAGUUGAAGGAAAAUUUAAUCUCUAGUCUCUCACUCUCUGUCCGUAGUCCUUUUCUAGUUCCCCUUCUUCUACGAACGUACUCGAAAGAAGAGCCAAGGUUGGCCUCACUAUCCGCAUUGGUCCUUAAUUCGAAACCGAUUGGUUUUUGGUCUAGGUCACGAGCUUCCUUACAGACUUUAAUUGAUCCAAGUAACUUAAUAAUAACAGUCACAACUCAUAACAAAAGUCCAUCUUUAAGCGGUAUACGCAUUUCGGAAGGAACCGGUCAAGAAAACAAUCAAAUGGGCAGCAGCGGCAGCGAAAGCAAGCCAGAGAGGGUGAAGAAAAGCCCCAAUAAAUCGUUACCUCUCUUUUGUUCUGCUGUUCGUAAAGCCAUUUCCUGACCCCUUUUCUUGGGAAGUGCGUAUUGACCCAUAAGAAAAGUGAGGUUAGAACGCUUCCAUUCCUUUGCUCAGACUUUUUAAUCCGAUCAAAAUUUCACAAAAUCACAACUUAUUUACAACUUCGGUGUUUUUCCACAGCUGAGAACGAAAAUAUUUACCUCCUCGUGCUGCAGCUUCUGCACUUCCACUUUCGUCUCUUUUGCUGUUGGUUUCUGACAGAAGUUCUCAGUAAAUUUGACGUUUCCGAGGGGCGCUUCUGUAAUCAACAUUGAUCUAGAUCAGAAUCCACUGCUGCCAGUGGCAGGCUGCCACCACAAAUCGAUGACAUUUUGCACACUUAUUUCGAAAGAGGUAGCCUUACACAGUUGUGAAUCUCACGUGACAAACUUGAAGUGCGAAACCAAAAAUCCAAGCUCUAGUCAGAUUGCUAUCGUUGCAGAACAAAAGAGGAUAGCAUAAAAAAAACACUCACUCAUACCAACAAUGUCGCAUUAUGAGAGUAGUAGUGAAUUAGGAGGAACAAUGUGCCAAAAUCAAUGAAAGCAAGGCAUUUACUCACUAAGUUAGACAGUAGGGGAAUCAGAAAAAGUCAAUUUUACUAUACAAAGAAGAAGAAACAGAACAAAAAAACAGUGUUAGUAGCCUCAGAAAUUAUCAGAUAUAGGAACAAGUAAAGGUCCAACCCAAAAAUGAAUAGAAAGAAUCGUGCUGGGAGUCAGUUGAUUUUUGCGCAAAAUCAAGUCGAAUACAUCAUUAAAAUGGAUCUACUAAAGAUAUACUAGCGAAUAUACAAAAAAAAAACUUCCUCAAUUCCUAAAAAGAUCAAACAUUACUUGAAAUACAAUUAGUGCUAUCAAGGACAAAACAGUAUAGAAUUUUUACAUUCAAUCUAAAAAUAACUUUUAAAACAAACUUGUUACAAUGAAGAAAAAAGAAGAACUUCAGAACAGAACAAAUACGAUCGUUAGUAAAAAUGGCAAACUAAAAUAACUGAAAAGAAGGAAGGAAGAAAAGAAAAGGUCUAAAUAUUCUAAAUUUUGUACAUACAAUCAUUCCCGUUGCGCUGCGUGCUGUCUGCCACGGGGAUGAAUGAUUCACUUGAGACAUGAAAACAAUAAUGAGCAAAGCGAUACAAACUGGGAAAUCAAGUUUGUAGCAAAAAACAAUCUCGAAAGCAGCUCGUGAAGGACAAUUUAGUGAAAAUCAGUAAGAAAAAAAAAUGCGAGUGUAAAAACGAUUAGUUUGACACUCGAAUUAAAGACAAAUUAUACUAAAGAAAAUCUGGAUAAAAGAUCGAAUAAACAGAAAAAAGAAUAAACAUUUCGCGAAAAAAAAACAAAACGAUUGAAGAACGGACGCAAGUCAAUCAAAAACAAAUGAUAAAAUAAAAAAAUCUAAAUAAAUCAGCAGUCACAUAAAGCAAAACAAAACAAGUAUGAACCAUUAUUACUAUUUAGAGAAUAUAUUUGUUAGUUGAUCGAAGUCACAGGAAAAAAAAAUGAAAUAAAGUCUCUAAUCAAAGUGUUUCUGGU